AUGCUGAGGCAUUAUAGAGCCAAACACGAGAACACUCAGCCGCGUGCCACCAAUCAAGGAUCCAGGAAGCAAGCGCUUGAUGAAGCGCUUGAGGACUUCACAGUGAAGGACUCCCAGCCUUUCACUGUGGUGGAUGAUUCUGGAUUCAGGGUAUUUGUGGCAAAACUGGAUCCUACAUACACCAUUCCAAGUACGAAUACAGUUAAGGCCACGGUGGAGAAGAGGCAUGUGGAGGAAAAGGAGAAGGCAAAGGCUGAGUUACUGAUCACCGACAGUGUCAGCCUCACAGCAGAUAUGUGGACAUCCAUUAACAUAGAUGCCUAUCUGGCUGUUACCUGCCAUUUUGUUGGCGCUGACGAGCAGCUUUCUACAACUCUGCUGGGAGUCCAUCCUUUCCCCCGUAGCCACACAGCUGAAAACAUUGCAGCUGUUGUGCAGGAGCUGAUGGUGGAGUGGGGAAUUGGUGGAAAGGUGAGAUGCUUGGUGACGGAUGCAGCCCAAAACAUGACAGCCACUGCCAGAAUACUGAAAGUUAGGCAUGCUGUCUGCAUAGCCCAUGCACUCAACCUGAUAGUGAAAAAAUCCAUUGAUGCAACUCCUGGUCUCGAUGACAUCCGGUCAAGGGUGCGGAGGACUGUCGCAUAUUUUAAAAGCAGCACCACAGCCAAGGAGUGUCUUCAGCAGGUGCAAGUGCAAAUGGGCCGCCCUGUAAUGAAAUUGAUGCAGGAAGUGGAAACCUGGUGGAACAGCACUUUUGAAAUGCUACAGCAGAUAUAUGAUCAGAGAGAAGCAGUGGCAGCAGCUCUGGCUACUUUGUCUACAGAUUUGGCUCCUUUAACAGCCAAUGAAUAUGAGGCGAUGGCUCAGUGCAUCAAAAUGUUGUCACCAUUUCAGGCAGCGGCUGUGGAGCUCUCCCAAGAGCGAAAAGUAUCAGCCUCCAAAGUAGCUCCACUAAUACGCAUGUUGAAGCACACACUGAAUCAAUUGCUAAGUGGAGCUACAAUUGAUAUGGCCAAACAGCUGGGACAAAAUUUAGACCAAAUAGUGACUGAAAAGCUAUCUGGUGUAGAGAUGACAAGUCUCAACUCCAUGGCUACAUUGCUGGAUCCGAGAUUUAAAACCCAUGGAUUUCACAGUCCCAACAACUGUGACACUGCGGUGAAACGCCUGAAAGGGGAAUGUGCGGCCUUGAUGAAAGCAACAACACCAGAACCAUCUACAUCGGUAGCACCACAGCCAGCACCUGCUGAAGCUUCCACAGGUAUUAACCUGUGGAAGCUUCUGGACAAUGAUGCAGAGGAUGCAAGAAAAUGGAAAAACGCAACAGCAGAUGCUAUAGUGGAGGUGCAGCAAUACUUACCUGCUCCUCCUCUGGGGCGAGCAGAGGAUCCACUGAAAUAUUGGGCACAGCACAAAACUCUGUAUCCAAACCUGUACCACCUAGCCAAAUGGUUCCUUGUCACACCAGCCUCCUCUGUUCCCUGUGAAAGAGUAUUUUCCAAAGCUGGAGAAAUUGUCUCAAAAAAAGAAACUGUUUGA